CGGCGAGAUUUCGAUACGACAAGAAUAUAGUACAACUUUAAAAAAAAAAGAAGUUGUCUUGAAAGUUUUAAAAGUCAGGUAAUGUCUCAGAGCCAAAAUAACCUAAAAAUUGGUAGAAUAACAUCGCGGAUUUUAUAUUAAACAUCCUCGUUGUAAUUGAAUAAUUAUGGCUGAGGCAGAAGGAAGCUCAGAGCAGGAUGAUGUUUCAUUCUUGCGUACGGAAGACAUGGUGUGUCUUUCAUGUACAGCAACUGGUGAAAGAGUCUGUCUUGCUGCUGAGGGAUUUGGUAACAGACAUUGCUUCCUGGAAAAUAUAGCUGAUAAAAAUAUUCCUCCCGAUUUAUCACAAUGUGUUUUUGUUAUCGAACAAGCAUUGUCCGUUCGUGCCUUGCAGGAGUUGGUUACAGCAGCUGGAUCGGAAACCGGUAAAGGAACUGGUUCAGGCCAUAGAACACUUUUAUAUGGAAAUGCUAUUCUCCUCCGUCAUCAUAACAGUGAUAUGUAUUUAGCGUGCCUUUCAACGUCUUCAUCGAAUGAUAAGCUGUCUUUUGAUGUCGGUCUUCAGGAGCAUAGUCAGGGGGAAGCCUGUUGGUGGACGGUUCAUCCGGCAAGCAAACAGCGUUCUGAGGGUGAGAAGGUCCGAGUGGGUGAUGAUCUUAUUUUGGUGUCCGUUGCAACAGAAAGAUAUUUGCACACAACUAAGGAAAAUGAGCAAUCAAUUGUAAAUGCAAGCUUCCACGUAACCCACUGGUCGGUGCAACCUUACGGUACGGGUAUAUCUCGAAUGAAGUAUGUUGGUUAUGUUUUCGGUGGUGAUGUCUUGAGAUUCUUUCACGGAGGUGAUGAAUGUCUUACAAUACCAAGUACUUGGGGUCGAGAAGCUGGGCAAAACAUUGUUGUUUAUGAAGGAGGUUCGGUAAUGUCACAAGCUCGAUCACUUUGGAGAUUAGAAUUGGCACGAACAAAAUGGACAGGUGGUUUUAUAAAUUGGCUCCAUCCCAUGCGGAUAAGACACAUAACAACGGGCAGAUAUUUGGGUGUGAAUGAGAACAACGAAUUAAAUUUGGUUAAAAAAGAAGAUGCAACUAUUUCCUCGACAACUUUUUGUCUAAGACAAGAAAAAGACGAUCAAAAAGUUGUACUCGAAGAUAAGGAUUUGGAAAUUAUUGGAGCCCCCAUUAUCAAAUAUGGUGAUACUACAGUUAUUGUGCAACAUUGCGAGUCAAGUUUGUGGCUGAGUUAUAAGAGUUACGAAACAAAGAAGAAGGGAGUGGGUAAAGUUGAAGAGAAACAGGCCAUUCUACAUGAAGAAGGAAAAAUGGACGAUUGCUUAGACUUUUCGCGAUCGCAAGAAGAAGAAUCAAAAACUGCGAGAGUUAUUCGAAAGUGUAGCAGUUUGUUUACUCAAUUCAUCAAUGGUCUGGAAACCUUACAAUCAAACAGAAGGCAUUCGAUAUUCUUCCAAAAAGUCAAUCUUGGUGAAAUGGUGAUGUGCCUGGAGGAUUUGAUCAAUUACUUCUCCCAACCCGAAGAUGACAUGGAGCACGAAGAAAAACAAAAUAAGUUCCGUGCGUUAAGGAAUCGUCAAGACUUGUUCCAAGAAGAAGGCGUUCUCAAUCUUAUUUUGGAGGCUAUUGAUAAGAUCAAUAUCAUCACAUCACAAGGAUUCCUAGCCAGUUUUUUGGCCAGCGACGAAAUUGGUCAGAGUUGGGAUUUAAUAUCCACUUAUUUGUAUCAACUUUUGGCAGCAAUCAUUAAAGGAAACCACACGAAUUGUGCCCAAUUUGCCAAUAGCAAUCGUUUGAAUUGGCUUUUUUCUCGUUUGGGUUCACAGGCAUCAAGUGAAGGUUCAGGAAUGCUUGAUGUAUUGCAUUGUGUUCUAAUUGAUUCUCCGGAAGCCUUGAAUAUGAUGAGAGAUGAACAUAUCAAGGUUAUUAUAUCAUUGCUGGAGAAGCAUGGUCGAGAUCCAAAGGUAUUGGAUGUGUUGUGUUCGCUGUGCGUUGGUAAUGGAGUUGCUGUAAGAUCGUCACAGAAUAAUAUUUGUGACUAUCUGUUGCCUGGAAAGAAUCUCCUUCUGCAGACUCAGCUGGUUGAUCAUGUUGCGAGUAUUCGACCAAAUAUUUUUGUUGGAAGGGUUGAAGGCUCAGCUAUGUACCAAAAAUGGUAUUUUGAAGUUACCAUGGAUCAUAUUGAAAGAACAACACACAUGAUGCCACAUCUUAGAAUUGGUUGGGCCAAUACUGCUGGUUAUGUGCCAUAUCCUGGUGGAGGUAAGAAAUGGGGUGGAAAUGGAGUUGGUGAUGAUUUGUACUCCUUCGGUUUCGACGGAGCUUACUUUUGGACUGGAGGCAGAAAAACACAAAUUGUCGAGAAUCUACCAGAUGAACCGUUUAUAAGGAAAGGAGACGUCAUUGGUGUAGCUCUUGAUCUGGCUGUUCCGAUAAUCACUUUUUCUUUCAAUGGCAUGAAAGUUCGAGGCAGCUUUAGAGGUUUUAAUUUAGAUGGAAUGUUCUUCCCUGUGAUGAGUUGCUCAUCGAAGUUGAGUUGUCGUUUCUUAUUUGGCGGAGAUCACGGUCGUCUUAAAUAUCCACCACCAGUUGGAUUUUCACCAUUAGUCCAAUGUCUGAUGCCCCAUCAAAUCUUAAGUCUCGAUCCGUGUUUUUAUUUUGGAAAUUUAAAUAAAAAUGUCCUUGCUGGUCCAUGGAUGAUAGAGGAUGACACUGCUUUCGUACCAAAUCCGGUUGAUACGUCAGGUGUAUCUCUUCCAUCUUCCGUUGACUCGAUCAAGGAAAAAUUGGCUGAGAAUAUACACGAAAUGUGGGCUUUGAAUAAAAUCGAAUCAGGUUGGUCGUGGGGUGAACAUCGGGAUGACUAUCAUCGUAUACAUCCUUGCUUGACACAAUUCGAGAAGCUUCCACCGGCCGAGAAACGCUAUGACAGUCAGCUUGCUGUGCAAACAUUGAAAACCAUCAUAUCAUUGGGAUACUAUAUCACAAUGGAUAAGCCUCCAGCUAGAAUCCGUCCAGUACGUUUGCCAAAUGAAAUAUUCAUGCAAGCCAACGGCUAUAAGCCAGCUCCAUUGGACUUAAGUGCUGUGACUUUGACACCAAAAUUGGAGGAACUGGUCGAUCAGCUGGCUGAAAACACCCACAAUCUAUGGGCUAAGGAGAGAAUCCAGCAGGGCUGGACUUAUGGCUUAAAUGAAGACUCGGAGAAUCACCGAAGUCCUCAUCUUGUGCCAUAUUCUAAAGUCGAUGAAGCCAUCAAGAAGGCCAAUCGUGAUACUGCUUCAGAAACCGUCCGCACACUUUUGGUCUACGGUUAUGUGCUUGAUCCCCCAACCGGCGAGGGAAACGAAGCUCUGCUGGCUGAAGCCCUUCGUCUGAAGUUCGCUGCAUUCAGAACAUAUCGAGUGGAGAAAAACUAUGCCGUGACAUCGGGCAAGUGGUAUUUUGAGUUCGAAGUUCUGACAUCAGGUCCCAUGAGGGUUGGAUGGGCCCGUGCUGAUUGUCAUCCAGGAGCAAUGCUGGGAAGUGACGAUUGCAGUUGGGCUUUCGAUGGACAUAAUGAAGAGAAAGUCUUUGGCGGGACAAGUGAGUCCUUUGGUAAACAAUGUGGACCUGGUGAUAUCGUCGGUGUGUUUCUCGAUCUCGCUGAUCACAAUAUUAGUUUCUCAUUGAAUGGUGAACUUUUAAUGGAUGCAUUGGGUGGUGAGACGACCUUUGCUGAUGUUACAGCUGAUGGAGUUGGUUUUGUUCCAGCUUGUACCUUAGGGGUUGGCCAAAAAGCACGUUUGAUUUAUGGACAAGAUGUUGACUCUUUGAAAUUCUUCACAACUUGUGGUCUACAAGAGGGUUAUGAACCGUUCUGUGUCAACAUGCGUCGCCCAGUAACACAUUGGUACACCAAAGACCAGCCAAUUUUCGAAAAUACCGAAGAAAUGCCCGAUUGCCGAAUUGAUGUUACUCGAAUUCCUGGUGGAGCUGAUACUCCACCUCAUUUGAAAAUCUCACAUAACACUUUCGAAACGAUGGAAAAGGCAAAUUGGGAAUUUUUGCGUUUAUCACUUCCUGUCACUUGUAUGAGUGAAUUUAUAAGUGAAAACGAAAAAGCUCGUCGAUGGGAAGAAAUCAAAAUUCGUCAAUACCGUCUUUUGAUUGACAGUCAAGAAGCUAUGCAGCCCCAACCAUCACAAACUGCUCAUGUCGAUCAUAUGCUUAAGAGUGGCUUCACUAUGAACGACAUCAAGGGUUUGAAUCGAAACUACAACGACAACACCGAGGCCGAAGAUAAUAUGAACGGUCCGUCAAGACCUCCAAGGAAGGGUUCUCUUACGAGGAACAUAACCUUUGAAGACGGAAUGUCUGAUAAUAUGCGCGGUUCGGCUACUAAUUUGGACAUGAUGAAUGGUUUGGAUGAGGCUGAUGACAAGAAGAAGCGUGGACGCAGUCCUUUCAAGUUUUUCUCCAAAAAAUCACGUGAUCAGAGCAAGGACAAAGUUAGACCAAGGGAAACCUCUCCUAUGGAAAGGAGAAACACUGUCGCUCAUGGAAGGAAUGUCGUCAAUUCACAGAUGACCACUCGAAAUCCUACAGUUCGCGUCACUAAUACCAAUGAGCAAAAUGCCCAACCCCCAGCAGCGCCCGAACGUCAAGCUGGACCGAAGGCCAUGAGUGGAGGUAACUUAGGAAAUCCAUCAGUAGAGUCUUCCGGCAACGAGAUGUUCGAUGCAGAAUGUUUGAGACUCAUAAAUGAGUACUUCUAUGGAGUUCGUAUCUUCCCAGGACAGGAUCCAACCCACGUGUAUGUCGGUUGGGUGACAACGCAAUACCACUUGCACAGCAAAGAUUUCAACAAGUCCAAGGUGCGAUGUGCUUCUGUGGUCAUCGAGGACUACUACGAACAAAUUAUGGAGCAUAUUGACCGUCAAAGUUGUUAUGUUGUCCGGGCUGAUGAGCUUUUCAACGAAGUGACACAGGACGCUUCGGGCAAAGGUGCAUCUCAGGGAAUGUUUGUGGGUUGUUUUGUAGACACAGCAACGGGUAUCAUUAAAUUCACUUGUGAAGGAAAGGAAACAUCACACCGUUGGCUCAUGGAGCCGGAUACAAAGCUUUUCCCGGCAAUAUUUGUCGAAGCAACCAGCAAGGAAAUACUCCAAAUCGAAUUGGGAAGGACUCCAACAACACUUCCACUUUCAGCGGCUGUUCUUCCAACAAGCGACAAACACGUCAAUCCACAAUCACCGCCACGUCUUAAGGUCCAAUGUCUCAAACCCCAUCAAUGGGCGCGUGUCCCGAACACUGCUCUUCAAGUUCAUGCUCUUAAACUUUCCGACAUCCGUGGUUGGUCAAUGCUCUGCGAAGAUCCAGUUUCGAUGCUGGCCUUGCAUAUUCCCGAAGAAGAUCGCUGCAUAGAUAUCCUGGAAUUGAUCGAAAUGGACAAGAGUUUGUCCUUCCACUCGCACACCCUUACCUUGUAUGCCGCUUUGUGCUACCAAUCCAACUACAGGGCUGCUCAUGCUCUGUGUCAGCAUGUCGAUCAAAAACAACUGCUUUAUGCAAUUCGUUCGGAGUACAUGAGUGGACCGUUGCGUCAAGGAUUCUAUGAUCUUUUAAUUGCUCUCCAUUUGGAAUCACAUGCAACGACGAUGGAAGUUUGCAAAAACGAGUACAUUACUCCUUUGGGGCCAGAACUAAAGGAGCUUUAUGGUGACGAAGAGAUGUGUCAUUCACUGCGUUCUCUUGUAACAGAGUCCGUGAGACCACAGUUAAGAAUGACCGAAAUAACUCCCCCCACAAGUCCUCAAACAAUUGGUUUAGCGCCAAGUGCUUCCAGUGAACCCAUCCCGACGAUUGAGCAACUCUAUUCACCAAAAUUCCCGUUGGAAGUUGUCCGUGAAUUUGUAAUGGAGGCUCUCAAAGAAGCUGUCGAGGUGAAUCAGGUGCAUAAUCGUGAUCCGAUUGGUUGGUCAAAUGAGAAUCUGUUUUUGCCAUUAAUUAAGUUAACGGAUCGACUACUAUUGGUUGGAGUGCUUACCGAUGAAGAUGUACAAAAGCUUUUGGUGAUGGUUAACCCUGAAACGUGGGAUCCUUCUUUCGAAAAAGAUGGAAAAGAUGAGCACCGAAAGGGAUUGCUUACUAUGAAAAUGGCUGAAGGUGCUAAGCUCCAGAUGUGUUACUUGCUCCAUCAUUUGUACGACAUCCAACUGCGACACAGAGUUGAGAGUAUCAUAGCUUUCUCACACGACUUCGUCGGAGACCUGCAAGCAGAUCAGUUGCGUCGUUAUAUUGAGAUUAAACAAUCCGAUCUUCCAAGUGCCGUUGCAGCUAAGAAGACCAAGGAAUUCCGUUGUCCACCACGAGAACAGAUGAACCAGAUUUUGUGCUUCAAGAAUCUCGAACCUGACGAUCAGGAGAACUGCACAUGUGGUUUGGAUCUGCGUGGAAGCCUCUACGACUUCCACGAUGGCCUAAUGAACAAAGUGUCCUUGAACGCUUUGCAAGAGCCCGAAGAGGGCGAUGCAGCUAACGCUAUUGAAGAAAUCAAAACCGGACCGAUAACUAAAAUAUUCAACUUCAUUAACACCGUGAAGGAGCUCGAGGAAGGUCCCAAGGAACCCGAAGAACCAGAAAAGAAAACUCCCGAAGAAAUCUUCCGCAAGGUUCUCAUCAAAACAAUAGUCCAAUGGGCGGAAGAAUCACAAAUCGAGAAUCCAAAGCUCGUCCGAGAGAUGUUCAGCUUACUUGUUCGUCAAUACGACACCGUGGGGGAAUUAGUACGUGCCUUAGAGAAGACCUAUGUCAUUAAUAGUAGAGCCCGAGAUGAUGUUGCGGAAAUGUGGGUUGGUUUAAGCCAAAUUCGGGCCCUUCUUCCCGUCCAGAUGAGUCAAGAAGAAGAAGAACUCAUGCGGAAGAGGCUUUGGAAAUUAGUUAACAAUGCUACAUUUUUCCAACAUCCUGAUCUGAUUCGUAUCCUGAGAGUGCACGAGAACGUCAUGGCCGUAAUGAUGAAUACCCUGGGUCGUCGUGCCCAGGCUCAGAGUGAUGCCCCAGCACAGAGUGAAGGCACCGAAGGUGCUCCGCCCAAGGAGAAAGACACAUCCCAUGAAAUGGUGGUGGCUUGUUGUCGAUUCCUCUGCUAUUUCUGUCGAACUGGCCGUCAAAACCAAAAAGCCAUGUUCGAUCACUUUGACUUCCUGCUUGAUAAUGCAAACAUUCUGCUAGCUCGUCCGAGUUUACGCGGAUCGACUCCAUUAGAUGUGGCAUACUCGAGUUUAAUGGAGAACACAGAAUUAGCUCUGGCGCUUAGAGAACACUAUUUGGAAAAAAUUGCUGUGUACCUAUCCAGGUGUGGAUUACAAAGCAACUCAGAACUUGUCGAAAAAGGAUAUCCAGAUCUGGGUUGGGACCCAGUUGAGGGUGAACGUUAUUUAGAUUUCCUUCGUUAUUGCGUAUGGGUAAACGGAGAAAGUGUUGAAGAAAAUGCAAACCUUGUCAUUCGUCUUCUUAUCCGACGUCCAGAAUGUUUAGGGCCGGCUCUAAGAGGAGAAGGGGAAGGUCUAUUUCGAGCUAUUGUUGAGGCCAAUAAGAUGUCGGAGAAAAUUGCCGAUCGUUGUAAGUUACAAGACGAAGCCGAAGGCACAAUUGCUGGCCUCAACUUUACCCAUCCCCUGCCCGAAGGCGAAGACGAUGAAGAUUACAUUGACACUGGUGCAGCUAUCUUGAAUUUCUAUUGUACAUUGGUAGAUCUUCUUGGCAGAUGUGCACCAGAUGCUUCAGUAAUUGAACAGGGCAAAAACGAAUCGCUGAGAGCUAGAGCUAUUUUGAGAUCUCUUGUGCCACUUGAAGAUCUUCAAGGAGUUCUUAGUUUGAAAUUUACUCUAACGCAAACUGCACCGGGCGAAGAGAGACCCAAAUCCGACAUGCCAUCGGGUCUGUUGCCCAACAACAAACAGAGUAUAGUGCUCUUCUUGGAGCGUGUCUAUGGCAUAGAAGUUCAAGAUCUCUUCUAUAGACUGUUGGAAGAUGCCUUCCUUCCGGACUUACGAACUGCCACUAUGUUGGACAAGAGUGAUGGUUCCGAGAGUGACAUGGCUCUGUCAAUGAACCGUUAUAUCGGCAAUUCAAUUCUUCCACUGCUCAUCAAACACUCCAAAUUCUACAACGAAGCUGAGAAUUAUGCAAGCUUGUUAGAUGCUACGCUACAUACGGUCUACAGACUCUCGAAGAACCGUAUGUUGACGAAAGGUCAACGAGAAGCUGUAUCAGAUUUUCUUGUUGCGCUGACAUCUCAGAUGCAACCUGCGAUGUUGUUAAAACUUUUACGCAAGUUGACUGUGGAUGUCUCGAAACUUUCUGAGUACACAACAGUGGCUUUAAGACUCUUGACCUUACAUUUUGACCGUUGUGCCAAAUACUAUGGUUCGACCCAGGGACAAGGCUCCUAUGGUGCAUCAUCAGACGAAGAGAAACGUCUUACAAUGUUACUAUUUUCGAACAUUUUCGACUCUCUCAGCAACAUGGAUUAUGAUCCGGAAUUGUUUGGAAAGGCUUUGCCCUGUUUGAUUGCAAUUGGAUGUGCUUUGCCGCCUGACUACAGUUUGUCCAAGAACACCGAUGAGGAUUACUAUGGACGACAAACUGGUGCUCCAGAUCAACCGCAAUAUGAUCCAAAUCCUAUUGAUACAUCAGUUGUACAUUUGGACAAUGAUUUGAAUUCAUUGGUUCAGAAGUUCAGCGAACAUUAUCAUGAUGCUUGGGCAAGUCGUCGGUUGGAAGGCGGUUGGGUCCAUGGAGACAUCCGAUCGGAUUCGGAGAGAAAGCAUCCUAGAUUGAAACCGUACAACAUGUUGAGUGAAUACGAAAGGGAACGCUAUCGUGAUCCAGUUCGUGAGAGUCUCAAGGCCCUUUUGUCCAUUGGCUGGACCAUCGAACACUCUGAACUAGAUGUUCCACUAAGCAAUCGAGGAUCAACAAGACGCACCUCCAAGCCACAAAUCAAUGAUUUUCAGAAUGAAGGAAAUGCCUUUAAUUACAAUCCACAUCCGGUGGAUAUGACAAAUCUUACGUUGAGCAGGGAAAUGCAGAAUAUGGCUGAGCGAUUGGCAGAAAACUCCCAUGAUAUUUGGGCCAAGAAGAAGAAGGAGGAAUUGAAUACAUGUGGAGGUGUGAUUCACUCACAAUUGGUCCCAUACGAUUUGCUCACAGACAAGGAGAAACGAAAGGAUCGGGAGCGUUCACAGGAGUUCUUGAAAUAUAUGCAGUAUCAAGGAUACAAGUUGCAUAAGCCCACUAAAGGUGGUGCUACUGAAGGUGAAGGUGUUGCCACUCAGGCUGCUGUGGAACUAAGAUUCUCCUAUUCUCUGCUAGAGAAACUCAUACAAUACCUCGAUCGAGCAACAAUUAACAUGAAAUUGCUGAAACCUUCAACGACAUUUAGCCGCAGAAGUUCCUUCAAGACCGCCUCGCGAGACAUCAAAUUCUUUUCCAAAGUAGUGCUUCCUUUGAUGGAGAAAUAUUUCUCCACACACAGAAACUAUUUCAUUGCCGUUGCAACUGCCACAAACAAUAUCGGUGCUGCUUCACUCAAAGAAAAAGAAAUGGUUGCAUCGAUAUUCUGCAAGUUAGCAUCUUUGCUAAGAAACCGAUUGGCAGCUUUUGGUCCAGAUGUUAGAAUCACAGUGCGCUGUCUUCAGGUUCUGGUCAAGGGCAUCGAUGCCAAGUCGCUAGUGAAGAACUGCCCUGAGUUUAUCAGAACUUCCAUGCUAACAUUCUUUAACCAGACAGCUGACGAUUUGGGUAAUACUAUUGUUAACCUUCAAGAUGGCAAGUACAGUCAUUUGAGGGGCACCCAUCUCAAGACAUCCACAUCUCUGGCCUAUGUCAAUCAGGUGAUUCUGCCGGUGCUAACGGCGAUGUUCGACCAUUUGGCUGCAUGUGACUACGGAAGUGAUCUGUUGCUCGAUGAAAUUCAAGUGGCUUCGUACAAAAUCCUCGCAGCACUCUACAAUCUUGGCACCGAUCCGACCCUUACUCAUGAGCGGAAGUAUCUAAAGACUGAGAUCGAACGUCAUCGUCCAGCUUUGGGAUCGUGUUUGGGAGCAUACAGUUCUUGCUUCCCGGUGGCUUUCUUGGAGCCUCAUCUCAACAAGCACAACCAGUUCUCGUUACUCAAUCGCAUUGCUGAUCAUUCGCUAGAAGCUCAGGACAUUAUGGUGAAAAUGGAAAGCAGUAUGCCAAAUCUUGAGACAAUUUUGCAAGAAGUCGAUCAGUUUGUGGAAUCGGAUAAGACUUACAUCGAUGCGCCUUUUAUCAUCGAUGUCAUCUUACCACUUUUGUGUUCGUACCUGCCGUUUUGGUGGGCCCAGGGGCCGGAUAACGUCAGUCCGACAAGUGGCAACCAUGUCACGAUGGUCACAGCUGACCACAUGAAUUCGCUUCUAAAGAAUGUUUUGAAGAUGAUCAAGAAGAAUAUUGGCAACGACAACGCUCCAUGGAUGACAAGAAUUGCCGCUUACACUCAGCAAAUCAUAAUCAACACUUCCGAGGAACUACUGAAAGAUCCGUUCUUGCCUCUGGCCGAAAGAGUCAAGAAACGCACAGAGAACAUGUACCACAAGGAGGAGAGCAUGCGUGGUUUCAUAAAAUCAGCUACCGAUGAUACUUCUCAAGUUGAGACACAGCUCCAGGAGGACUGGCAGCUUCUGGUCCGCGAUAUUUACUCCUUCUAUCCAUUGCUCAUCAAGUACGUUGAUUUGCAACGUAACCACUGGCUCAAGGACAACAUUCCCGAAGCCGAAGAACUCUACAACCAUGUUGCUGAGAUAUUCAACAUUUGGUCAAAGAGUCAGUACUUCCUCAAAGAGGAACAGAACUUCAUAUCAGCCAAUGAAAUCGACAACAUGGCCCUGAUCAUGCCAACUGCAACACGCCGAUCAGCUGCCAUUACCGAUGGUGCUCCAGUUACAGGAGGCAAAGUGAAAAAGAAGAAGAAGAAUCGUGACAAGAAACGUGACAAGGACAAGGAAGUCCAGGCUAGUCUUAUGGUUGCUUGUCUCAAGCGUUUGCUUCCCGUCGGUCUUAAUUUGUUUGCCGGUCGUGAGCAAGAAUUGGUGCAACAUUGCAAGGAUAGGUACCUUAAGAAAAUGCCAGAAUAUGAAGUAAUUGAGUUUGCUAGAAUGCAACUUACAUUGCCCGACAAACUUGAUCCGUCCGAUGAAAUGUCAUGGCAGCAUUAUUUGUACUCGAAGUUGGGUAAGAAGGAUGAGCUUCAGGAGGAUUCUGCCGUCGUUGAAAAAUCGAAUCAAAACGAAAAGAAAGAUAAAACUCAAGAGACAGUCGAUAGGAUUGUGGCUAUGGCUAAGGUGCUCUUUGGUUUGCAUAUGAUUGAUCAUCCACAACAACAAAGUAAAAAUGUUUACAGAAGUUGUGUAUCAAUUCAAAGAAAGCGUGCAGUUAUUGCUUGCUUCCGGCAGACAUCUUUGCAUUCACUUCCAAGACAUCGAGCUUGUAAUAUCUUUGCUCGAACUUAUCACGAACAAUGGUUGCAAGAGGAAAACAGUGGUCAAGAGGUUAUGAUAGAAGAUCUAACACAGACCUUUGAGGAAUCGGAGAAAUCUAAAAAAGAUGCCGAGGAGGAGGAAGGAAAACCAGAUCCAUUGACUCAAUUGGUUACAACGUUCUGCCGUGGAGCUAUGACCGAGAGAAGUGGAGCUCUGCAAGAGGAUCCUUUGUAUAUGUCUUAUGCUCAAAUUGCUGCCAAGUCGUGUGGUGAAGAAGAAGAGGAAGGUGGCGAUGAGGAAGGCGGUGCCGAGGGCGGUGAGGAAGGCGAAGGCACAAGUAUUCACUUACGGUUAAAGCAACAAAUGGAUAAACUUAUGGAACAAGAAAUGGAAAAACAAAAGCUACUCUUCCAUCAAGCUCGUCUAUCCAAUCGAGGUGUUGCUGAAAUGGUUUUACUUCACAUAUCUGCAUCCAAGGGUGUUCCAUCGGAAAUGGUUAUGACAACGCUCAAUCUGGGAAUUGCCAUUUUAAGAGGCGGUAAUAUUGACAUUCAAAUGGGAAUGUUAAAUCAUCUCAAGGAGAAAAAAGACGUAGGUUUCUUCACUUCGAUUGCGGGUCUUAUGAAUUCCUGUAGUGUCCUUGAUCUGGACGCAUUCGAACGUAAUACCAAAGCUGAAGAAUAUAUUCCAAGUGCGGGCGCAGGUCUAGGUGUCGGUUCGGAAGGUGCUGCUGGCGAGAAGAACAUGCAUGAUGCGGAGUUUACAUGUGCCCUGUUUCGAUUCAUCCAGCUGACUUGCGAGGGUCACAACUUGGAAUGGCAGAACUAUCUGAGGACCCAGGCUGGAAAUACAACGACUGUGAAUGUGGUCAUCUGUACUGUGGAUUACCUACUUCGACUUCAAGAGUCUAUUAUGGACUUCUACUGGCAUUAUUCGAGCAAGGAAAUCAUCGAUCCAGCUGGAAAAGCAAACUUCUUCAAAGCCAUCGAAGUAGCAAGUCAAGUCUUUAACACCCUAACUGAAGUAAUUCAAGGUCCUUGUACACUGAAUCAACAGGCUUUAGCUCACUCCAGAUUGUGGGACGCCGUUGGUGGUUUCUUAUUCUUAUUCUCACACAUGCAAGAGAAACUAUCAAAACAUUCCAGUCAAGUUGAUCUUCUCAAGGAAUUGUUGAACUUGCAAAAGGACAUGAUCACAAUGAUGUUGUCUAUGUUGGAAGGAAAUGUUGUAAACGGAACUAUUGGUAAACAGAUGGUGGACACUUUGGUAGAAUCUGCAUCGAAUGUUGAAUUGAUUCUGAAAUACUUCGACAUGUUCUUGAAACUCAAGGACCUUACCGAAUCACCAAGCUUCCAGGAAAUUGAUAUCAAAAAUGAGGGAUGGGUUACGCCUAAAGAUUUCAGAGAUAAAAUGGAACAAUCGAAAAAUUAUACACCAGAAGAAAUGGAUUUCCUUUUGGCAUGUUGCGAACGGAAUCACGAAGGGAAAAUCGACUACGGAGCUUUCGUCGACCGUUUCCAUGAACCAUCAAAGGAAAUUGGUUUCAACUUGGCUGUACUAUUGACCAAUCUAAGCGAGCAUAUGCCCAAUGAACCUCGAUUAGCACGAUUCCUCGAGACAGCCGGUUCGGUGCUGAACUAUUUCGAACCGUUCUUGGGUCGUAUUGAAAUUUUAGGCAGUUCGAAACGUAUUGAGCGAGUUUACUUUGAAAUAAAGGAAUCGAAUAUCGAACAAUGGGAGAAACCCCAAAUUAAGGAAUCGAAACGAGCCUUCUUCUAUUCAAUUGUGACAGAAGGUGGCGACAAGGAGAAGCUGGAGGCGUUUGUUAAUUUCUGUGAAGAUGCCAUCUUUGAAAUGACUCAUGCCUCAGGAUUGAUGGCAACCGAUGAUGGCGGAUCGAAUGUGAAGCGCGAAUCCUCGUACAGUUCUUACAUGAGUGAGGAGGAAGAAGAACGUGCAGCCCGCGAUCCGAUCAGAAGGAGUAUUCAAGCUGUCAAGGAUGGCAUCAAGUUUGUCAUACAUAUGCUGAGCCCGGCUAACAUCAAGCAUCAAAUCGGUGUCAUGCAAACCAAGACCAUCCCAGAGCUUAUUGUGGGAUUCUUCAAAAUCAUCUUCUACAUGUUCUAUUACACUGGCUACGGAAAUGUUUGUGUUGUCAAGUACAUCUUUGGAAUCAUUAUGAAUCUGAUGCGUGGAUCAUCGACAGACGAAGCGGAGGUCAUGCUACCAAUUGAGGAAGACAAGUUCGGUGGAAGAACACUGCCACCAUUGCCAAUCGAAGAACCUCCAGGUACUGUCCAAGCGUUUGGUUUGGAUAUCAGCAAGGAAGAGAACGGCCAGUAUAAGGUUGCACCUCAUGAGUCUCCUGGUGUAAGUCCAACCUCGUCAAUGGAGGAAACAGGCGAAUCUAGCCCCGAAGACGGAACAGGAACAUCUGAAGCAGUGUUGGAUGAGCAACAGCAGGAACCUAUGUCUAUUGUGGAUCUGCUUGGAGGAGAUGCCGCCAAGAAGGCAGCCCAGGAGCGUCAAGAAGCUCAGAAGGCACAGGAGGCAGCCAUGGCAUCGAUUGAAGCCGAGGCGAAGAAGUCAUCUGCGGCUCCUCAGGAAACUCCGGCUGUUCAUCAAAUCGACUUCUCCCAAUACACCCAUCGUGCUGUCAGUUUCCUCGCUAGGAACUUCUACAAUCUCAAAUACGUGGCUCUGGUUCUUGCCUUCAGCAUCAAUUUCAUGCUGUUGUUCUACAAGGUGACUUCUUUCGAUGACGACGAUGAUGGCUCAGGUGACGAGGAACUUAUCAUGGGAUCCGGUUCUGGGGGAGGACUUUCGUCUUCUGGCUUCGGCUCGGGAGAGGGCUCAGGUGAAGAUGACGAAGAAAUCGAUGCUAUACCGGAAUUGGUGCACGUUGACGAAGACUACUUCUACAUGGAACACGUUAUCAGAAUAGCAGCCUUCCUGCACAGUAUGGUAUCUCUGGCGAUGUUGAUUGCUUACUACCAUCUCAAAGUGCCAUUGGCUAUCUUCAAGAGGGAAAAAGAAAUCGCCAGACGUUUGGAGUUCGAUGGUCUUUUCAUUGCUGAACAACCCGAGGACGACGAUCUGAAGUCACACUGGGAUAAAUUAGUGAUAUCGGCAAAAUCGUUCCCUGUCAACUAUUGGGACAAAUUCGUCAAGAAGAAGGUCCGCCAAAAGUAUAGCGAGACCUACGACUUUGACUCGAUAUCGAACCUCUUGGGAAUGGAGAAGAGUGCUUUCACAGCGCAAGAGAGUGAAGAAGGCGGAUUCAUCAAGUACAUUUUCAACAUCGAUUGGCGUUACCAAGUCUGGAAGGCAGGAGUGACCAUAACGGACAAUGCCUUCCUAUACUCCCUGUGGUACUUCACUUUCUCGGUCAUGGGCAACUUCAACAACUUCUUCUUUGCUGCCCAUUUGUUGGAUGUUGCUGUUGGUUUUAAGACUCUACGGACGAUCUUGCAGUCCGUCACUCACAACGGCAAGCAGUUGGUGCUAACAGUGCUGCUGCUGACUAUAGUCGUUUACAUCUACACGGUCAUUGCGUUCAACUUCUUCCGUAAGUUCUACAUUCAGGAAGAAGACGAUGAAGUCGACAAGAAGUGUCACGGCAUGUUGACGUGCUUUGUCUUCCAUUUGUAUAAGGGUGUCCGAGCCGGAGGUGGUAUCGGUGAUGAAAUCGGCGACCCCGACGGUGACGACUACGAAUUCUAUCGAAUCAUCUUUGAUAUCACAUUCUUCUUCUUCAUCAUCAUUAUCCUUCUGGCCAUCAUUCAAGGUUUGAUCAUCGAUGCUUUUGGAGAGCUUCGUGAUCAAUUGGAAUCCGUAAAAGAGAACAUGGAGUCCAACUGCUUCAUAUGUGGCAUAGGCAAAGACUACUUUGAUAUAGUGCCACACGGUUUUGAUACGCACGUCCAGAAGGAACAUAACCUGGCCAACUACAUGUUCUUCCUUAUGCAUCUUAUCAACAAACCCGACACUGAGUACACGGGUCAAGAGACGUAUGUUUGGAACAUGUAUCAGCAGAGAAGCUGGGACUUCUUCCCGGUGGGAGAUUGCUUCCGUAAGCAAUAUGAGGACGAAUUGUCCGGCGGUAGUGGAGGCUAGUAGUUCUUUUGAGCGAAAUGGUUAGUUAAAAUUUUUAAACGAAUUAAACGAAAUGUUACAUAGGUAUAAAGUAUUAUAAUAAUAUAUUGGAAGAUGGAAAGUGUUUUUGAAAGUACUUUAACAUAAUUAAUAAAAUCAAAUAUUAGAAUUUUGUCUCGAUUUAUUAAUUUUGAAAAUAUAUUUCACUAUAAAAAUGAAAAUAAAAAUGAAUAUUUUACUAAUUUUCCUUUUUCAAUUUAUAAAUACAUAAACAAAGAGAACUAUUUCAAUACUUUUUAACUUGUUGACAAUCUUAUUAAAGAAUAAAAUGUUUUAUAUUUGAAAAAAAGUCUUC